GGAAAUGUGGGGCUCUGUGGGGAGGUGAGGUAUAUCUUUCUUGUUUAGUAGAUUUCCUCUCUCUUUAGCAUGUGGUUGUAGUGUUCUAUCUCCAUCCAUUUGCUGUGCCUACAACUUAGGUCCUCAAAAAGGUGGAAUUUCUCAAUCAAAAAAAGCCCAAAUUGUUCAAAGAUCAAUUUGUGACUGAACUCAUAAACUCAUUGCGCUAGCUAGCUUGUUGCUAUUUUCCAAAAUCUGUUGGGUAUUCCUAUAUAUCUUGGCUUUGCUGUGAAGAAUUGCAGAACCAAAGUCAUGACUCUGGUCUCUUGGGCUAAGAAGGAGCUUGCUAGACUUGGAAUCCACAAGCCUAAGAGGUUACCGCUUCCUGCCACCAGCUUGGCUCCUGUAAAAUGCCCAACAAUGUCUCCGAUCCAGGAAGUGGUAUUAGCAGCUGAUUUACACUGUGCCAAGUGCCAAAACAAGGUAGCUGAUGUGAUCUCAAGAAUAGAUGAUAUUGAGUUUAUGGUGGUGCAUGUAUUAGAGAAGAAGGUGACACUUGCUGGUAAAUCCGAGUGAAUGGUCUUCAAGGAGAGUUGUUGGUUCAUACAAUAAUCUAGUUUGAAGUCCCUAUGUCUGUGUAUUGUUCCAAUGUUGCAAGAAAGUGUUUAAAAUCAUUUGCAAGUAUGGAGUUUAUAUACCAUGUGUGUGAAACAGUUGUAAUGUUUUUUUUUCCUCUAUACUUUUAUUAUUUCUAUAAU